CGCAUCAUGUGUCCAGUGUGCUGGUGGGGUCUUUAUCAGUGCAGGGUGGGGUAUAAUCAUAUAAUCCUGCAUCUUGUGACAAUUAUUAUCUACUCGUAGGGGAUUCAUUUGAUAUUUCAUUUCUUUUAUUCUUGACUCCAGGAAUUAACAGAGAUGCGGAGAUGGACGAUCAGAAUACCGGAUUAGCAGAUCUGAAGGAUGCGACCAGUGAGGACACUGACAAAGGUGAGCAGCGGGAAACCCUCAAGCAGAGUAAUAAGUUGGGGCAUAUAUACUGAAUGGAGGGGUUAUCUAGACUUAGAGAAUCUCUACUGAUUAUGGGAAUAGGAUUGUGAAGAGAGUGCUAGGAGUGAGGGAAGGACAGUUCUAGAGAGAAAAAGAACAGUAAUAGAUGGAUGGGAACUAGGGAGAGAGACUACACUACUGAGUAGAAGAGGGCUAGAGCGUGCCAGUAGUUCUCAGUGGGGGCAUGUAGAAACACAGCAAAUGGUACUGAAUGGAGGGGAGUUCUAGAGAGAGUCACGGGUACUGAAUGGAGGGGAGUUCUAGAGAGAGCCACAGGUACUGAAUGGAGGGGAGUCCUGGAGAAAGUCACGGGUACUGAAUGGAGGGGAGUCCUAGAGAGAGCCACAGGUACUGAAUGGAGGGGAGUCCUAGAGAUAGCCACAGGUACUGAAUGGAGGGGAGUCCUAGAGAGAGCUAUGGGUACUGAAUGGAGGGGAGUCCUAGAGAGAGCCACGAGGUACUGAAUGGAGGGGGAGUCCUAGAGAGAACCACGGGUACUGAAUGGAGGGGAGUCCUAGAGAGGGCCACAGGUACUGAAUGGAGGGAAGUUCUAGAGAGAGCCACAGGUACUGAAUGGAGGGGAGUCCUAGAGAUAGCCACAGGUACUGAAUGGAGGGGAGUCCUAGAGAGAGCUAUGGGUACUGAAUGGAGGGGAGUCCUAGAGAGAGCCACGAGGUACUGAAUGGAGGGGGAGUCCUAGAGAGAACCACGGGUACUGAAUGGAGGGGAGUCCUAGAGAGGGCCACAGGUACUGAAUGGAGGGAAGUUCUAGAGAGAACCACGGGUACUGAAUGGAGGGGAGUCCUAGAGAGAGCCACGGGUACUGAAUGGAGGGAAGUUCUAGAGAGGGCCACGGGUACUGAAUGGAGGGAAGUUCUAGAGAGGGCCACGGGUACUGAAUGGAGGGAAGUUCUAGAGAGGGCCACAGGUACUGAAUGGAGGGAAGUUCUAGAGGGGGCCACAGGUACUGAAUGGAGGGGAGUUCUAGAGGGGGCCACAGGUACUGAAUGGAGGGGAGUUCUAGAGGGGGCCACAAGAACUGGAUGGGAGGUGUGGCUGUAGAGAGAGACACUGGUACAAGAUAGAGGGCGUUUAAGAGAGAGCCACAGGUAGUAGAUGGGAAGGUUCUAGAGAGGGCAACAGUGACUAAAUGGCAGGGGUUCUAGAGAUAGCUGAGGCCAGGCCCAAUGGGUCUAUUUCGAGUUCAGGGCCAGUGGGUCUCUUGCCGGGACAAGAUCCGGCAUGUCUUCCUGGACUUUUGCUGGGGCAAGGUCUGAUAGGUGUAGGUUAAGAUUGAGAGUGGCCUUUAUGUAAUAUAAGCCUUUUCCUCUGCAGCUUUAUACUAGCAUCCACCAGUGUGCUCUGUUCUAUGCCAACAGAUGCUGUAAAGGACCAGGAGAGGCCAUCCUGCAGUGCUGUGUUUUAUCCAUCUGAUGAGACCCCUGAGCAGAAGACUGAUGUCUCCAUCUAUCCGUGUGAUGAAUCAGCACAAAGUGGGUCACAUGACUUCGUCCUGGGGGAUGAUGUUCCAGAAUCACUUAAAGCCCUAAAUAUCAAUGUGGAUGUAGCUCGGCUGAUCCCUGACAGCUGGGUGGAAAAAACAUUUUGUGAUCAUUCUGAAAGCCCUCGAUCCCCAGAACAAGUAGUGAGAACAGAGGUAGCUCCAGUGCUUUCAGACUAUGGGGACCACACACCUUCAGUCACUGCACCGGAGGACCGUUUGCAGCAGAAGCUGUGGGAAAAUACUCAGAGAAAGCCCUUUAAUGUGAUAUCUGGUGCGGACACUUUAUGUGCGAACUCUGGAUAUAACGUGGACGAUGAAGCAAUAAAGAGCAUUGAGAAGACCACUCAAGGGGUUUCUGCUGAUGGGGACUUAAAAGAGGGACAUUCAACCUUCCCUUUAGACUUGAAUUUAGAGCUGAAAUCUACUGGACUUUCAGAUGAGAAAUAUGACGAUGGCAGCUCUAAACUGUCCGAUUCCACCGAUUAUACUUUAGAAGAUUGUGGAGAUUUUCCCUCUCUGCCAUCAGUGGUUGUAAAUGUCCCAUCAGAAAUGUCACCAGCACAGAUUCAGCGUGAUGAGGACAUCACUGCCGACGGCUGGCGUGCCCGGAGGAAACAUGUAUUUGUCUUGAGUGAGGCAGGAAAACCCAUCUACUCUCGUUAUGGUAACGAAGAGGCUCUGUCGUCCACCAUGGGUGUCAUGAUGGCGUUGGUGAGCUUUGUACAGAGUGGGAAUAAUUCCAUCCGCUCCAUCUAUUCAGGUAUUACGCAAUGCACACUGAGCAUAGAUUUCUCAAUAAGCAGCAGUGAUACUAUCAGGAGUGUAAAAUACUGCGGAUUUUGAGAAUUUGUCAAGCGUGGCUAUUUUGUCUUAUAUAUUCCCUGGUCAGUUUCUGGUUUGGCAGAUACCAAGAGCGUGAACUGAGCAGCCCCUGGCUGUGGCCGUAAUCUGAGCUGAAGAUUUUUUUUCCACGUCGUUAUAUUGGCCUAAACUUCACAAUUUGUUUUUGUAUUUUUUUAGUUCACCACAGUUCACUUUAUAGUAUAUCAAUUUUCUCUGGGUUAUGCUGCUAUUUCUCCCAAUUCGCUGGUCCAUUCCUUCCAUUUCCCAAAUUGGUGAAGACCGCAGUGCGUGUGUGACCUGGAGUAUUGCCGCAGUUUAUAGAUGAGCUGUAUUUUAAUAAGUUUUUCAUAGUAUAUCGUUAUAGAUUCCUUGUAAUGGCUUUGAAUGAGAUUUUUGAUUGGGGUUCUGUCCUAUGCACGGUUUUAUUAACAAGCUUGCGGAUACCAUCCCUAUUUUGACUCAUUUUGUGGAUGUUUGCUCCAAGUCUAGAGUGUUGAGGCUGUGCGGAAGUACGCAGAGCGCUGUAAAUAUGAAUGUAAUUGCUAAUUUCUGUUCAUAAUCAAACAAUAUAUACAUCGGUAAAAAAACCUUAUGUCACAGGGAUAAAUUCUAAAAUACAAUUACUUGCUAUGGUUAUCACAAAUCAGUAGAAGAUGUCUAAAAUAAAACAAAGAAACACAAUAAACAUAGUGAAAAUGGUAAAACCAUAUAAGGCUAAAGGGUGGGGUUGAGAUGUCACUCACAUGACACGGAGCCAUAUCAGGCUCUGUAAUAAAGGCUCAAUGUUGCCACUCAUGGCUACAGGAUCCCAUUUUCCAAAGACAGGAUACAGGACAUCAACUAGUUCCACCCCAGAUAUGUUUAUUGAUGCAGAAUAAAAAAACAAAUAAAACAUUUUUUUUAAUAUAUAUAGUGCACAGUAGGUACCACUCACCACCUUCCAGUAGAAGAAGGCUUAAAUGUCAAAAUGUGUUAGCUGCUAUUUAUUACAAAUUUUAUUACAAACUUUUGAUCCUGGGUUACUGGAAGGUUAUGAAUGGGAUUUGGUAAAUGCCCCACGUGUUCGUACAGCUUGUCCCUAGUAUUUCAUGUGGCGCUAUGUGCCAGUUCGAGCUGUGAAGUAUUAUUAUUUAUUUUUUUUAAUUUUUUUUAAUAGACAAUCAGAAGGUGGUUUUCCUGCAGCAGGGGCCCCUGGUGCUGGUGUCAGUGUCCCGCGCCCCGCAGACUGAGGAGCAGCUGAGAAGGGAGCUGCAGUACGUGUAUUACCAGAUUAUUAGCAUGUUGACCCAGGCCAGCGUGGCUCGAAUCUUUGAGCGUAAAAAGAACUAUGACUUGCGUCGCCUGCUGGCUGGCUCUGAGAAGAUCCUAGACAGCCUUUUAGACUUGUUGGAUUCAGACCCAGGCUUCUUGUUAGGGGCUGUCCGCUGUGUGGCCCUGCCUUGCCCCCUGCGCGACUCUCUUAGCUCCAUUCUGACGAAGUCCAUCACUCCAAAUCUAGUCUUCUCAAUCUUGGUGGCGGAGCAGCAGCUGGUUACCGUCGUGCAGGAGCGGGCUGUCAUUGAGGAUUGCCGCCUGGACCCCACUGACCUGCAUCUCCUUCUGAAUCUCAUUGGGGCAUCUUCUGCAUUCCAGGCAGGGGAGAUCUGGACGCCUAUCUGCCUUCCUCGCUUCAAUCCAGAUGGCUACUUCUACGCCUAUAUCUCCUACCUGGACCCUGAGUGCACAGUGUGUCUGGUACUGCUCUCCACCGAUAAAGAGUCCUUCUAUGCUGUGUCUGGCUGCAAGAAAAAGAUCCAACUGGCCAUGGAAGCCCAAAACUCCCUGUCUGCACUUUCUACUGCCAUGCGCUCCUCUGUGUACAGUGUGACUUCACUAGGAGUUCCUGAGUUGCUUCACUUUGUGUACAAGCCAAUGGAUGUGCCAGAUGCUUACCGCCAGCUCCCCCAGUUUACAAGGUGGGUUUAUUCAUAGCUUAAUUUUUGCUACUUCAGUGUCUCUCAUGGCCGAGCCCCAGCAGGGCCGGAAUCUGCCCGGACAGAGUUGUUACUCUGUCUGUAAUUAGAGCUCUGGCAGUUUCAGAUAAUGCUGAGAUAGUCAUUGUACAGCAUGGAGAAUAUCACACCGGGCAUUGUACGAUAAUAAUGGGCAUUGUCUGAGCCAGCAGCUUGAGAUUUAGUACAGUGGUACCCAGCCUGCACACUUUAAUAAAUAAAUGAUGGUCCAGGUACUCAAGGUAAAUCCAAUGAGCAGGUUUACUGGAGCAGAUGAAAAGCAACGUUUUCGGCCCACAACAGGGCCUUUGUCAAGCUCAACAAAGGCCCUGUUGUGGGCCGAAAUGUUGCUUUUCAUCUGCUCCUAUAAAUCUUCUCAUUGGAUUUACCUUGAGUACCUGGGCCAUCAUUUAUUUAAUGCAAAUUAUGUUGUGAGGAUUGGCCAACCCCAGGCCCGGUUGCACCCUGGAAUCCAGGAGAGGGCGGUACCCUUUUUGGAAAUUGCAUUGAUGCACACUUCAAUAAGGCGCACCCCUGCUUCUUUCUAUCAUUCAUCAGUCAUACUUUUUAGUCCAGUGCUUCCCAACCUUUUUUCACUUGAGUACUCAUUGGCAGCCCAUUUCCAUAAAUUGUGACUCUCCAUAUUAGCAAAAUAUUUGUGAUGAAUAUAGUUACUGUUAUUUCAAAUUGAUACAUAUUUCUCUGCCCCAGGCUCCCUCCUGCUUCUCAUAGCGCCGAGAAACACACCUGUGCAGGUACAGAUGCAAACACCGACACACAUGCAGAUGUACAAAUACACUAGCUGACACAUACAGAAACACACACUGAUACAUAUACAGUUGUGCAGAUACACACACUGACAUAUACAGACAUAUAUAGAUAUACAAACUGAUAUACACACUAACAUACUGACACAUGCAGUUGCACAGACUCACUAAUACACAUACAGAUAUAGGCACACAGACACACACAUACUGACGCAUAAAGAUCUACAGACAGACACAAACACUGCCACACAUGAUACACUGACACGCAUACAGUUGCACAGACACACUGGCCCAUACAUAUCUACAGACACGGAUACAAACACUUUCACAAAUGCAGAUAAACACACAGAGAUGAAAAAACUGACACAAAUACAGUUGCACAAACACACUGAUACACAUACUGAUAUACAGGAAGACAGACAGAAACACUGACACAUGUAUACACAUAUACACACACAGAUCUACUGAUACAGAUGCAAACACUGCCACACAUGCAGAUACAAAUACAGUCGCACAGACGCAAACAUACUGACACACAUACAAAUACACACAAUGACACACAGAUUAAUCACUGACACACAUGCAGAUACACAGACGUACAGCGAUACAGAUACACACACACACACACACACACACACACAGACCCUAAAACACAUGCAGUUGCAUAGACACAUUGAUACACAUACUGGUACACCUAUAGAUGUACAGGCAGACACACACACUGCCACACAUGCUGACACACACACACACACAUAAAUGCAAACCCUAUCACACAUACAGGUGCAUAGACACAUUGAUACACUUUCACACACACACACACACACACAUGCAGGUGUGUGUGUAUGUUUGAGCUGGGAGGAAGUGCCCGGCUUACUCUUACUUCCUGUUGGAAGGGGCACAGGCGUGCUGUUAAAGUGCCGCAGCGCACAAAAGGGCCCCCAUGGCACAAGCCCAUCAGGUGGUCCUAAUUGCAAGGGCUGUCUGCACUUAGAUUUGACACUGGAUUGUUCCUUUGGGGGUAAGCGUACCACGGGUUAGUAAAAGGAGUUCUAGUCAAAAUGUAUAAUUUUUGAUUAACUGACGUGGAAAGCCCAAUUUUGAUAUUGACCUUUGAUUUAGAGAUAUUGUAAGGUCUGAAUUCUGGAAUACACCAGACUGCUUAAUAACCACUGGUUUAGUAAUGAAGUUUGUUAUUAUGAUUUGUUGUCGUGCAUGACGUGCGCUGUAAUUUGUAGGGGGGGUUAUGUGUAUUAAUUAUUAAAUUGUGACUGGUGCCUGCUUUUCUUGCAGCCCUCUGGCAGAUGGUCCUUAUUCCAGCGAAAGCGAGAGGCAGAGGCUUUUUGAUUUAUACAGAUAUCUUCACUGUCGCAUCCACAACUCUGCACGGCCCCUCCGGCUCAUCUAUCAUGUAGCUGAGAAAGAGACUUUACUGGCCUGGGUGAGUAUGCUAACAGUGAGGGCGACAUUCUGGUUGGGAUACAGGUGGUUAUCCGAUUGCACAGCUGCCAUUGUAGAAGUGGGAAGCUUUCUCAGGGUGAGUGGAAAAGAAGAGGGGUUCACUACUUGUGUGGAAUUGGAAGGAACGGAUCUAACAGAGAUCAUUCAUUAAACUCUGAAUUAUAGUGUCAGAUUGCGGCUGGCAUGGUUCUGAUACUCGUCACGGUGGAGAAUGGCUCCAGACGAGCCACUAUAAUUCCGAUUUCAGUGAAUAAACCCAUACUAUUCAAAUUGUAGAAAACUGAAUUUUUAGGCCAGGGUAGCCAAACUAAAAGAUUCUACAAGUCAACCAGGUUUUCAGUUCUACUGUUUGUAGCUUAACGUUUGAAACUGACUAAGAAUUGACAGCAGGUCACACUGGAGUGAAUUGACCUGUGAGGCACUGGGAAGGCUGUUAGAUUUCAGCAUUUGCUUGUUGUUGUCUCCUCCCCAGGUGACCAGUAAAUUUGAACUAUACACUGCAUUCAGCUCCUUGGUGACCAAGGUGGGUGCCAUUAACGUGAUAACCAAGCUUUUGCGCUGGAUAAAGAAAGAAGAAGACCGGCUCUUCAUUCGCUACCCUCCAAAAUACUCUACCACUCCCCUGCCUGGUAGGGCCCAACGGGCAGACCGGACUGAACGUUUCCAGAAUGGAUUCCUCACGGGAGUCUAGAGCAAAGCACUUAGUUUAUUCCCUUUCCAGUAGGGAUAAUAACCAGCCGGCAUAGCUCCCAGUCAUGGAGACAGGAUAAAUCUGCUCUGAGAUACAGACCGGCUGCGGAUCCUCGAUGGCAGAGCCGGUUAUCUCAUGGACUGUAUGCUGCUCAGGGCUCCCACACAGAUUGCUUCAGCCCUAACUUUGCAGAAGGUGUCAGUAUUAUGACCCAGUCUUAUUUUCACACAUGUUCUGUUUAAAUUUCUUAAAAUAAAAUGGUUCCAUUUAUUGGUUCUGACCUGUUUAUUUUUGUCUUAUUGUUCAAGUUAUCCCGUGUAACACUUAUUGCUGUUGUAUUGUUCAGACAGCACAGCAAUGUAUCAAAUUCUGUGACCCCAAUUCACACAAUCCUCUCCCUGCCUUAAGAGCUACCCAAGGAUUCUUAGAUUUGUAGUUUAACUGGCAGGCUUGAAAUAUAGAUUCUCGUUCAUAACAAGGCAGCCAGGUCUUCUCGUCUCAUCUCUGUCAUUAGAUCGAAGAGCCGUCCCACUGUGGCUUCCGUCACUUUUACCUGUGCAAUGAGAACAGCUAUUAGUAUUAUUCGCAUGGCACCCAGCAUGAACCACCACGAGCCCAGGUUUAAUAUCAGGCGUGACCCACCCCGAGCCUUGGUUUAAUGAUG